AUGGCAAGACUGGCAGACAUUUAUUCCUCCAGUGACGAUGACCUACCUGAUCUGAAAACGCUUAUUCGCCAACCCAGCACCCGAGCACCAAAGACAACUACUCCUGCGCCUUCAGUCAGUAAGCCUGCGAUUUCUAAGACUACUUCCAACGCUGAAACCCGACGUGUGCGACGUCUUGGAGAGCCAAACCAAGCCGCCGCCAACCCGCUCUUCCAGAAAUGGAACUCGGAAGAACAGAAAAGCACACGAGGUGGUCGACGGAGUAAGUCAAGGGCUGCAAGCUCUGAGAAGAAGCCAUCGAGACAAACGAACCCAGUCGACAAAGUUUCCUCAUAUUUAGAAUCCGAAUGUGGCUCUGGGACUGAGAAGGACAUGCCGCAGUCUCGACAACAGCCAAGAAGGAGGAGAAAGCAGAGGGUUGUGCAAGAUUCUGAUGACGAGAGUGACGAGAACUAUGAAUCCGAAAAGGAAACAGUCUUGAAAAGGGUCCGACGGCUUCAGAAAACAAAUACCAGUACGGCGGCAAUACCUACUCUGGAGAUUCAGGAGCCGACACCAAGUAUUCAUUCCGGGACCAAGUCAAAAGCACUCCUUUUUGCACGAGAGAUUGAUAGCGAUGCUGAAAGCGAAGUGAGCCAGGAAGAUGAGAAAGCAGAAGAGCCAAGUAUCUAUCAAACUACAGACGAACAUUCUGACUCUGCCUCUGAGUCGGAUUGGUUGAACGACUCGCCUGAGCCCCCGAUAAGAAAAGGGGCAAGGUUCUUGAGUAGCCAGCCAUCAAAGACAGUUGCUACCAGGGAGCGUAUUCCAUCAAUCAAAAAUGCUCCGAGUCGUCAACCAAACCCCUCUACAAGCAUUAGCAAUAAAACACCCCGCGAUACGGUCAAGAAUACUUCGAGUAAAGAGGUUUUUGGGUCCAAGAAGACCAGCCAAAGUGGAAAACGGCUUGUUUCAGGGACGACCACCUCGGACCUUGCAGACACAUUAUCUAAGCUGCGGCUACAGCUCGAGGACUUUUCAGAUGAGGAGAGCAGAGUAUCGAAGAUAGACGAGUUCACCACACCACCCAGUACUCCUCCUAAAGCACCCAAGGCAAGAGGGCUUGCAUCACCAACCAAGAAAAUACAGAUCCCUAAGACGCCACAUCGUCCAAGUAUGGAUGCCUUUUGGAACCAGGACUUUGUCAAUGAUUGGAACGACCAGCACUCGCCACGCAAGCUCAUCCUCCCCCCCGUUACCAAGAGUCCCAGCAAGGCGAGCCCAAAGAAAGAGCCCAAGAAGGAGACCAAAAAGUCAUUUGAAUCUAGAAAACAUGCACUGGCCGAAAGCUUUCUAUCCGAACUCGAUCGCGAGAUCACACAGGGUAGGAUUGCCGAGCUUGCCGAAUCCACAGGCGGCGUCAAGCUCGUUUGGACGAAAACACUUAAUACGACGGCUGGGCGAGCAAGUUGGCGUUGUGAGACUAUCAGGACGACACGCAAGGCGGAAGACGGCCAACCCAUCAAGACAUUCAAGCAUCAUGCAUCAAUUGAACUUGCCGAGAAGGUCAUUGAUGACGAGAACCGCCUACUCAAUGUCAUGGCACAUGAGUUUUGCCAUCUCGCCAACUUCAUGGUCAGUGGCAUAACGACAAACCCUCACGGUCGAGAGUUCAAGGCUUGGGCGGCCAAGUGCUCGGCCAAGUUUGGUCAUCGCGGUAUCGAAGUGACGACCAAGCACAGUUACGAAAUCGACUUCAAGUACGUCUGGGAGUGUGAAGAAUGCGGAGUUGAGUACAAGCGGCACUCCAAAAGUAUUGAUACCCAGCGAUAUAAAUGUGGGAAGUGCAAGGGCAACUUGAAGCAGACCAAGCCAGUACCCAGGGGAGCAGCAGCAGGCAAAGCACCGAGCCGAUAUCAGGCGUUUGUGAAAGAGCAGAUGGGUGUGGUCAGAGGAGAGAACCCGGGCAGUCCCCAGAAGGUGGUCAUGAAGCUCAUUGCAGAGAAGUGGGCGAAGCAAGAUGGUGGUAAGACUGGAAGCAAAGCGGCUAGCGAGCUGGGAGUUGAGAGUGUUGUCGACAAGAUAGUUGAUCUAACUAUUGAGGCUGAAGCAUAA